AUGAAAGGAUUAGGGACUUCCAUCGCUCCCAUUCAAGCGGGUAUAAAAUAUGAUCUGGAUCAAUUGCUCAUGAAGUUCAAGGAAGAUGAUUCUGUCAGGUUUCGAGAGUUUUCAAAAGUAUUUCGAGAGCUCGAAAUGGAGCUGAUAUUCUAUGGUAGGCAGAACUGUGCUGAGCUUGUUGAAUUCACAGAAAGGCUGCUGCAGAUGGCAUUAGCUUAUUUGGCUCCUAAUAAAACGCCUGCAACUACUUCUUACAAUCAGUCUUUGGAGCCCACUGAUCCCGAAUACGAUUAUACUAAUAGGAUAUUCGGAGUCUACGCUUGCUAUGCCUUCUAUUAUACGCAACCCAGAGACUAUAUCGCACAAAUCAGAAUUACACCUACCCAAAUGCAUUCAGUCACCCAAUUCAUUCAACUUUAUCUUUUGCCUGAAAGGCAUUAUGACACCUUAGCUUGUCUUUACAAGCUGAUUGAUGAUGCCGCUUUCAAAAUUGUCAUAUUCGAGACAUGCUUUGAUCCAGUUACUCACAAGCGUUAUGAAGCUCCUGUCAGCGAUGAAUUGGCUAAUGAUGACCCCGAACCCCAGUUCAAUUUGGCAAAAUCUCUUGUGGAUGAUCCGCUCUUAGCUCAAAUUGAGCUGAUUCAUAAGAAGUAUGCUCAAGGCAAAGAUAACUUGAAAGUAGGAUUGAAACUUCCGAAGGACCCACUAGAUAUUUGUAAAAGCUUAUUGGACGACGCCCAAACUCGUUUUAAGAACGAAAUGGUUCAAACACAUGCUAUGAUGACAAGCUCAACGCCAGUGGAAGUUGAAGUUAAAACGGUUGCGAGAAGUUCGAUCAAAGAGAAAGCCUAUUCAUCAAAGAUUCAGCAUUCUCGGUCUCGCCGUUAUGCAGAUCCAGAGAUGGCUGAGAAUUAUUCGAAUCUUGUUAAUAAUCAAGGAGUUGAGUUGGAGGAAGUGGAGCUGGAAAUUCCUGCAGAAACAAAACCCAAAACACCAAAACGGCGAUCUAAAAGCACGCUUUCUACUUCUACUGUCAUGGAGGAUAAAGAUAAGACUUUGGAUAUGCUUGAGCAGAAUAUUAAUAAUCCUCGUAAACGCAAUAGGAGGAAAACUGGUGACAUGAGCUUAUUAGAAGAAGGGCAGGAAAGCAAGACGGAAGAUGAUACUCUUAGUAUUUUGGGAAGUCCGAGCAGCAAAAAAAGAGGAAGGAGGCUGCCAUCCAGACCGCAGCUGCCACCUGAUUUCGAAGUCACCAAAAUGCUCGAAACCAAAUCUGCAGCAGAUGACAUUGAUCUCGAUGAUUUACGUGCCGAUUAA